AUGAGGGUCUCGCGCAUUGUCUUGCAGGCAACCCUCACCUUGGGUAUGUUUGCCCUGGCUAGUUUCGCCCUGGCCGGAGACCUGUCCAUCAUCAAGGCUGAGAUAUCCCCGAACAUUCCCAUCGAGACCGACCUCACCACUCGUGAUGACGCGAUCCCUCCUUACGACUGCGACGACAUUGUCAAGCGCGGCAUCACCCCUCAGAUCGACUGCUCCUACUCCGAAGAGAACUGCGGCUUCCAGGACGACAUUGAAUACAUCAUCCGCAUCAAGCCUAUUGGCAAGGUCAGCACCCACUGGUGCGGCAUGAUGCGGGCGCAAGUUGCAAAGGAGACCAAUUCCUACAUCGAGGAGAUUGUGAUGAAGAAGUGCGACCGCACUUACGAGGCCAACGACAAUGGCAAUGGCAUGUGGCUUGUC